GUCGCACAAGAAAUUCCAGAUAGUAAACAAAAGGUCCACUAGCAUUGUAAUUUUUUAUGCAAGCAACUUUGCACAUAAACAAAGCUACCUACACGAGAAUCAGUCUGGUUUUGCACGGCAGAGGACACAUUCCAACAUUGAAAGGUUUCCCGGGUAGUAGCUGACUUGUUCAACGAAAAGUUUGGAUUUGUCUUUCUGGAGUUCGUGACCUUGCUCAAGUAUAGUGAUUUUUUACAAGUGAAGACUAUGCUAAACUUUUUGUCGUCGAAAAAAUCCUCCAGUGCUGGUCCACUGAUUGGAUACAAAAUCACCAACAUAGAGCGGAGCAAGAAGUAUGGCGUGGCCGCCGAUUCACUUCGGAUGCUAAAAACGAAAGCUUCCGAAAAAUUCAAGUUGCAACACUGUCGUGUCUACCUGGCCCAGGACGGCGUCGAAGUGUUAGAUGAGGACUAUUUCAGUACGCUUCCGGCGCAAAUCCUGUUCGUAGUAGCGGAGAAAGAUAUUAUAGUGAAAACUGAUUUCGAGCUCAUGUAUGACGCAAUCAGGACCACUCAUAGCGAUCUGCUGCAGGCCGGCACCAUGGCUAAGGAGUUUGUGAGCAACAAUCAGAGUGAAAUUGCUCGACUGUUGCAGGAUGCGCAGCGAUUGCAGGAUGAACAGACGGCUAGAAGCUUACGCAGCGAGCAUGGAGAGUGGUUUGAAGGAAUGGACGAAAAAUUAGGCCGCACAAAGGAGGAAAUCAUGCAGCGCCGCGGUCAGGAUCGAAUUCGGGGUUACUUUUACAAAACUAAAGACGAACUGACCAAGUGUGCUAUCUAUCGGAAGAACUUGUUGGCUAAGGAGUUGAUCGACGAAAUGCUGGAGUUGUUCCGCCAACUGCUGAUCGGUUUCGAUUAUUUCAGCUUCAUAUUUGACCGAAGCCACCCACAGCGUUUACCGGAUGCUAUGAUUCCAAACUUGGUGCUAACUAACGAGGAGAGUAAGCAUGAGCAGGACGAGGUCGAUGCCCAACGGAUCAUGCCAAAGCGUAUGAAGUUGGCAAUUAAGAAAUCCCUGGAGGAUGACGAUAAUGCAAUUGGCAAGUACAGGAUGGCACUGUGCAAUAGUAUCGGGGAGUUCCGCUGCAUGGGACUGUGGAACGAGAAGCAAUGCAGAUAUGGGGCACACGUUAUCAACCCGUAUGCCAGCAGGGAAAAUAUGAUUCUGUUUCAAGUCUGGAAUUUGGACCACCAGGUCGAAAUAAGUCGCACCGUACUACCUUCCAUAGUGGAAAACGUGACGCGAGUAAUUGCGAAUAGGGCAGAUGCCAUAUGUAAGAUACACAACCGUAAAGGUAAAAAUCUUUCUGUGAUAACCUAUUUUAUCGAGUUGUUUACGCUCGGGAACCUCAAAUUGGUUCACAUCGUUUGUCAUGACAAAAGUAUGCAUGAUUUGAUCUCAAGAGGGGCUAUUAUCUGCGACAAGUGCGCAGAAUUUAAAUAUAUUACACAGUUUCAAAGCAAAAUGCGCUUCAAUAAAGACGCUUUAAUGUAGUAUUA